AACAAUAGCAUCAUCGGCGCUGCCGGCAGUUGGGAGGCGGAUGGGGAUUACAAUUGUGAUGCAGAGGAAGGUAGUGUGGCCAGGGGGAGAGGGGCGUCCAGCGACGGGGCUAAUGACUUCAUGGGAGGGCUUAGCCUGGAGGAAACGGAGUCGACGGGAACGGGGAGGUGGUUGCCAAUAAAGUGGCCGCCACCGGAGGUGAAGAAGCAGGGGGAGACUAUCUCCAAGGGGCACAAGAAUUAUGACCUCAUGCUCAAUCUCCAGCUUGGGAUCAGAGUCCUUUCUUUUGGUGAGGAUUUGGAGGUUGGGGUGGAGGUCACGGCGAUGCCAUGCUCCCACGAGUUCCAUCGGACGUGCCUCGGCAAAUGGUUGGAGAAGAGCCACCUCUGCCCUUUGUGCCGCUUUCCCUUGCCGACUGUGGGCUCACGAGUUCCUCAUCGAGCGACUGGAGUUGGACAAUAGACACGUAUGUUGUUCAUGAUUCAUGUUUGAUUUGGUGCGUUGUGGGUGUAAUUGAUGCAUCCUGCUUUGUAUAUUGAGUUUUGAUACUGUAAAGAUGUAUUAUUUUUCUCAUUUAAUUGAUUGGAAAUCAACAUUAUCUAUACUGUGUCUA